CCAGUUAGUCGCCCCUCAGAGCUCCAACAGCAAACGCAAACUUCUCUGAUUUCUCUACGGCAGUCGUUGUCGUUGUGCGCGAUCGCAGCAAAAAACAAAAAAAAAAGCAAGACUCUUAACGGGCCAGAAAGAUAAAGAAGCAAAAGCAAGCAGCAAAUAGCAAACAGCAAGCAAUGCAAAAUCAAAGUUAGAUAAAUAUAUAAGAAAAAAGUUUCCAAUGCAAAUUGCGAGUGAAAAUCAAUUGAAAGGAGAACGCAGCAAAAUGCCAAAGUGUAUGGAAGCAUAAAGCGUGAAAAUAUCAGAAUCCAAAUCAUAAAACGCCACAAAAGCAAAGGCAAAAGCAAGAAGCAAAUCAAAACCCAGUGAAAUAAUAUUCAUUCGUUGUGCAAACUCUCGCGAGGCGUGAGGCGAUAACUCCGACUGAAUGACUAUGACUUCAACAGUGCUCCAGCGGCCUCCAGCAGCAGCAACGUCACCGAAACAGCAACAGCAGCAGCAGGCGGCAGCUGUCACAAAAGUAACGAAGCCAACGAAACCCUCCUCCGGCAACCGCUCCACAAUGGCCUGGUCGAAUGAGACGAAAAUGCGCUUUUCAUGCAUCGAUAACAUUGGGCUGAAGCAGUUGUGGAAACUAAUUGCCUUGGAUACGGGCGCCAGCUCGAAGCAGCACAAUGCACACCACAUCAUGUUGGAUGUGGAGCAGCAGCAGCAGCAACAGCAAAGGCAAAAGCAAUCGAAAUCCAACAAUAAUAACCAUGAGCUGCAGAUUCCCUGCGACAACUUGGCCGACUAUUUGAGUCUACAAAGAGCGGCUCAAGUUCAGGCACAGACCAAGGCACACACACAGCAACAAACACAAGCUCCUGCUCAGCAAACACCACAGAUGUCAUUGCUCAAGUUCUUGGCCAUUAAUGCCCUGGAACUGAGCGCUCCCGCCACUCCCCAUCUCCUCCAGCAGCAACAAGCCAAGCCCCAGGGUUGGAUGCAGUUAUCCGGCCAUCCAGAGAGCAUUGUGCCCAUGUCGACGGGCAUUGUGCGGAAGCGCAUCGUUGGCAUCGAUGACAGCGAGGUGCACGCCUAUCGCCAACUCUGCCAGGAGCCACAAACAUCUCAGAUUGUGCCCGCGUACUUUGGGAUGCGGGAGAUGCAGUCGCAGCACUACAUCGAGCUGCAGGAUCUGCUGGCCGGCUUCAAAGAUCCCUGCGUAAUGGACAUCAAGAUGGGCAGCCGCACCUUUCUCGAGUCGGAGGUGAGCAACGCUACGCUUCGGCCGGACUUGUACCAGAAAAUGAUUGCCGUGGACCCCAGCGCACCGACGGCGGCCGAGAGCGAGGCGCGGGCCAUCACCAAGCUGCGCUACAUGAUGUUCCGCGAGUCGCUCUCCUCCUCACACUCCAAGGGCUUCCGCAUCGAGGCGCUCCGCCUGCGUGGUCGUGCUCCCGUCAAGGAUUUGAAGACCUGCCGCAGCAGCGAACAGAUUUCUCAGACCAUCGAGCAGUUCCUUGGCGCCCGCAAGUCCGUGCAGAAGGAGCUGUUGAAACGCCUGAAGCAUAUGCGUCUGGUCGUCGAACAGUCCGAGUUCUUCAACCGCCACGAGAUCGUCGGCUCCAGCAUAUUCAUUGUUUACGACGACGAGCGGGUGGGCGCUUGGCUGAUUGAUUUUGCCAAGUCCCGCCAACUGCCUGCACAAAUGCGUGUAGACCAUCGCAGCGACUGGACUCCUGGAAAUCGCGAGGAGGGACUGCUGAAGGGCAUGGACGAGCUUAUCCACGCCUUCGAGGAGAUCUACGCACGUAACGGAGGCCACCGCAGCUGUCUCAAGAUCUAAAGCGAAAUGGCUUCCGGCGACUGCAGCUGGAUCUGCCACGCCUAGUGUCUGCGCAUAAGACUGAUCACCCUUAUACUCCAUUUGUACAGAAGAGACGAGGAUUCAUUGCAUCGACCGUACUGCGUCGCACUUUUUUUUUUACUAUUUUCCAUAUUGGAAAAAAAAACUCGAGCCAGUUCCAAAGCACCGUUAGAUUGUAGCAGAGGAAGCUGGAACUGGGAGAGAGGAACACGAUUAGUAUUUGAUCACCAAGCAGCAUUUGUUUGAAUGAAACAGGUUUAAACUAAGUAUUUUGUUGCAAGCACUAUACAUCUAAACACAAUAAUAAAUAAGUUAAGAAAAAUUA